GACGCCACGGGGCCCGUUGUCUGUGUGUGGGCCUAGGGGCCCCGGGGGCAGCGGGGGCUCCCGGCGGGGGCGGCGGUGGGUCGGGAGGGCCUGGACAUGGCGCUGAGGGGCCGCCCCGCGGGAAGAUGAAUAAGGGCUGGCUGGAGCUGGAGAGCGACCCUGGACUCUUCACCCUCCUGGUGGAAGAUUUCGGUGUCAAAGGGGUGCAGGUGGAGGAGAUCUAUGACCUUCAGAGCAAAUGUCAGGGCCCUGUGUAUGGAUUCAUCUUCCUGUUCAAAUGGAUCGAAGAGCGCCGGUCUCGUCGCAAGGUCUCUACCUUGGUGGAUGAUACAUCAGUGAUUGAUGACGAUAUUGUGAAUAACAUGUUCUUUGCCCAUCAGCUGAUCCCCAACUCUUGUGCCACUCACGCUCUGCUGAGCGUGCUCCUGAACUGCAGCAAUGUGGACCUGGGACCCACCCUGAGUCGCAUGAAGGACUUCACCAAAGGCUUCAGCCCUGAGAGCAAAGGAUAUGCGAUUGGCAAUGCCCCGGAGUUGGCCAAGGCACAUAAUAGCCAUGCCAGGCCUGAGCCACGCCACCUCCCCGAGAAGCAGAAUGGCCUUAGUGCAGUGCGGACCAUGGAAGCUUUCCACUUUGUCAGCUAUGUGCCUAUCACAGGCCGACUUUUUGAGCUGGAUGGGCUGAAGGUCUACCCCAUUGACCAUGGGCCCUGGGGGGAGGAUGAGGAGUGGACAGACAAGGCCCGGCGGGUCAUCAUGGAGCGUAUCGGCCUCGCCACUGCAGGGGAGCCCUACCAUGACAUCCGCUUCAACCUGAUGGCGGUGGUGCCCGACCGCAGGAUCAAGUACGAAGCCAGGCUGCACGUGCUGAAGGUGAACCGUCAGACAGUACUGGAGGCCCUGCAGCAGCUGAUUAGGGUAACACAGCCAGAGCUGAUUCAGACCCACAAGUCUCAAGAGUCACAGCUGCCUGAGGAGUCCAAACCAGCCAGUGGCAAGUCCCCCAUGGCACUGGAGGCAGGCAGGGCCUCAGCAGCCUCUGAGAGCACCCACACAGAUGGUGUGGAAGAGGUGGCUGGUUCAUGCCCACAAGCCCCAACCCACAGCCCUCCCAGCAAACCCAAGCUGGUGGUGAAGCCUCCAGGGAGCAGCCUCAAUGGGGUGCCCCCCACCCCCACUCCCAUUGUCCAGCGACUGCCGGCCUUUCUGGACAAUCACAACUAUGCCAAGUCUCCUAUGCAGGAGGAGGAAGACCUGGCAGCAGGUGUGGGCCGCAGCCGAGUUCCAGUCCGCCCACCCCAGCAGUACUCAGAUGAUGAGGAUGACUAUGAGGAUGACGAGGACGACGAUGUGCAGAACACCAACUCCGCCAUCAGGUACAAGCGAAAGGGGCCAGGGAAGCCAGGGCCAUUGAGCAGCUCCGGGGAUGGGCAGCUGUCAGUGCUGCAGCCCAACACCAUCAAUGUCUUGGCCGAGAAGCUCAAAGAAUCCCAGAAAGACCUCUCGAUUCCUCUGUCCAUCAAGACAAGCAGUGGGGCCGGGAGUCCGGCUGUGGCGAUGCCCACGCACUCACAGCCUUCGCCUACCCCCAGCAAUGAGAGCACAGACACAGCCUCCGAGAUUGGCAGCGCUUUCAACUCGCCGCUGCGCUCACCCAUCCGCUCGGCGAACCCAACGCGGCCCUCCAGCCCUGUCACCUCCCACAUCUCCAAGGUGCUUUUUGGAGAGGAAGACAGCCUGUUGCGUGUUGACUGCAUACGCUACAAUCGUGCUGUACGCGACCUGGGUCCUGUUAUCAGCACAGGUCUACUGCACCUGGCUGAGGACGGUGUGCUGAGUCCCCUGGCACUGACAGAGGGUGGGAAGGGUUCCUCACCUUCCAUCAGACCAAGCCAGGGGUCUAGCAGCCCAGAGGAGAAAGAAGUGCUGGAAGCCGUGGAUGGCAGAGAGAAGCCUGGACUGGUCAGGCCCGGCGAGCCCUUGAGUGGAGAGAAGUACUCACCCAAGGAGCUGCUGGCAUUGCUGAAGUGUGUGGAGGCUGAGAUUGCAAACUAUGAAGCCUGCCUCAAGGAAGAGGUAGAGAAGAGGAAGAAGUUCAAGAUUGAUGACCAGAGAAGGACCCACAACUACGAUGAGUUCAUCUGCACCUUCAUCUCUAUGCUGGCUCAGGAAGGCAUGCUGGCCAACCUGGUGGAGCAGAACAUCUCGGUGCGGCGGCGCCAAGGGGUCAGCAUUGGCCGGCUCCACAAGCAGCGGAAGCCUGACCGGCGGAAACGCUCGCGCCCCUACAAGGCCAAGCGCCAGUGAAGACUCCUGGCCCUGAUUCUGCAGCCCGCUCUUGCCGCAUGGCCCUCCCAGGGGCCCCUUCCCUGCCCCACUCCCCCCUUCCCAGUAUUACUGAAUAGUUCCAGCCAGAGAGCCUAAACCUGGGAGUGGGAGCUAGGCCAGGAUUCCCUGCACUGUGUCCCGGGGCCUGACAGGGCAGGUCAGCCCCCUAGUGCUCAGGAAGCAGCACCUGGAGCUGGGGCACAGCAAGGUGCUGCAGCUUCCUCCACAGCCGGCUGUGGAGUGGCAGGACCUGGCCUUUCUGCCUGGGCAGCAGAAUAUAUAUUUUGCCUACAGAGACAUCUAUUUUUCUGGGCUCUAACCCAUCUUGCCACCACUGUGUUGUCAUAGCAGGCUUCCUGACUCUGCAUUCUCUCCUAACAGCUGUCAUCCUGGUGGGCCCAGGUCCCUGCAUGAUGCUUGGGUCACGACUGCAGGGUCACAGCACGGGCCUAGGUGGGCACAGGGCCCUGCUGCUCUAGCCCCGCCCUAGUCAUCCCUGUUGUAAAGAAGCCAGGUCUACUCUUCAUUCCUCCCGGGAGAUCUCCAAACUCAGGGACCUGGCUGCUGGGCUGGACUGAGAGUGGAGUGUCCCAGUGAGGGUGGGACGAGCACAGAGAAGUGUUUCAGCUGUUUGGUGGCCUGUAAACUCCCUUCAUGGCUCCAGCCAGGCUUGUCAAGACUCUGCUCUGUGGAAAGGCUCUGGGGCUCUGCCUUCAGUGUUGUGGCCCUAGCAGUGGGCCUGCCUUGGGCUCCUGGGCUCUGUGCCUGGAGCCUAGGGCUCAGAGGAGCCUCUGCCCAGCCCCUCAGUAUUACCAUGUUUCUCCUCCUCUUAGGGACAGCAGAGACAGGGUUGCUUGCAGGAAGUUGGCACCACUCAGCUCUCCCUGCUACACCAGCUUCCUCAGCCUCUGCAAGGCACUCAGGGUGGGGGACAGCAGGACCAAGACAACAAGUUGGAGGCCCUGUGUUCCCAGAGGGCCUGAUGCCAAGGGGUACUGGACCCAGCACUGCCUCUGGAGCUUGGGCCUUAAACAUAGCCCCGUGGUCUCUGCCAGAUGACGGCUUUGAAGGUGAUCCAAGCGGUUCCCUUAUCUGUACAUAGUGACCGGAGGGUAGAGGGGCAGAUGGGGGAUGGCUGGCAGGCAUAGCAGCUGCCUCUCUCUGCAUUGAGCAAGCCUGACCCCUCCGGCCCCUGUAAAUAUUGGAUCAAUGGAAGAAUAAAACUCUCCUAAAAAAUGAA